CCGGGCCGGGGCCUUCCCGGCGGCCGGCGGGGGCGGGCGGGCGGCGCGCGGCCACGGCCCUGACGCCGGGGGUCACCGCUGAGGCGGGCGGCUCCGGAGGCCCCUCAGCCUCGGGGAGGGCAACGGCGCGUCCCGGGUGAGCGCUGCCGCCCGGCUCCGGUGCUCCCCGCGCGGGCCGAGCCGGGGUUUGUCCGCUCUUGUUCUGAGGCGCCGUAGCUUCCACGCUUGCGUAUUUUUAAAGAAGAGUUUUUCGUGUUUAAAAAAAAAGAAUCUAGGGUUGCAUCCGUGGCACUAGCCGUUUCUCAGCCCUGUAGCGAAGCGAGGUGUUGGUAAUGCCUAUUUUGAAGCAGAUGAGCAAUCACAGGGUAUAAUCUCCUCUUCCCGGGGAGGAGGAAGCAUUUAAGUAAAUCUCCAGACAGAAUCUGAAGCAGAUCAUUACUCAGUUAAGACUGUGGUAUCUGUCAUAAUCCUGCUUGAGUAAAACGUACCAGAGGCUGUUGACAAAAAAGAAAACGAAAACAGCGCAAGCUUCUAUGAUUUUGUGCCCUGUUCAGUAAACAACAACAACAACAACAAAAAAGUAUGAAUGGUUGUGUGGUCGGCUGGAUUCCUCUGCCAAACCGACCAGGAUUAGCACUGUGCAGAAAAUGAACUCUUGGAGCCGACUGUGUGUCUGUACUAAUGCUGGUGUGUGCAACGGGGAGAGGCAGGUCUGCCCCUCAGGCAGUGUCAUGGAGCAAAAUCAAUUCAGCAGCUUGUGAAAGUGUUCCCCGAGGCUGCACUUUGGAGAGAAUACCAGUUACUGAGAGGAGGAACAAAGAGAGUUAAGGACAAAAACCGAUGGACCAUUACAUCUUUCAAAAUGAGCCUGUUCACACUUUUCUGUGGGAAGCUAACAUGUCUUGAAGAGAGAAGAAUUCAGUGGUGGACUGUCCUAAAUGUUACUCAUGGUGCAACUUCAGAGAACAGCUUGAUUUAUCUGACUUGAAGAAGAGGCACAUGUGCAAUAAGCCAAGAGGACAUGGGCUUUCAGCGCAUCUGGAAAAAUGAUCAGGUAUCAGCAGUUGUUGAUUUCUAAACUGUAGUAACUGGUCAGAAACUUGAGAAGACAUGAAACAAUGAUGCACUCACUCCUGCAGUUGUCCUUAAAUUUUAGGGAUGCUUUAAUUUGAAGGGUAGGAAUGAGGUACUGGGUCCAUGUGUCACAUCUGAAUUGUGUUGUACUAAUUCUUUAAGUACCUACUCAGACCAUCUCCUUGAUGCACACUCACGGCAUCAUGGCCAGUACUCAGGAGCGCCUGAGCUUGUCUUCCUCUCCAAACUCAAUUGGCAAAGCUUUCUGUGAAGAUAAAGACUUUAGUAGGUUACAUGAUGAACAUGCACCUACUGGAAACCACCCGUCCCCUGAGCUCAUAGAGGAUGUGCGUGAGAAGGGCUUGCUGCAGGCAGACCUCGUCGAAAACAUGAGCAGCCCGGUCACUGCAGCAGUGCUGACCAGCAUCAGCGAGGACUCUAGGGACCAAUUUGAGAACAGCGUGCUGCAGCUGCGAGAGCAGGAUGAGUCUGAAACGGCCAUUCCUCAGGGCAACAGGAACACUAUGGAUGGAGAGAGCAACAGUGGGGCGGAUGAUGUUAAAGUCCAGUUCAACAGAUCGGGCAGUGGGAGCGGUGGGUUUCUUGAGGGACUUUUCGGUUGUCUGAGGCCUGUGUGGAACAUCAUAGGCAAGGCAUACUCCACAGACUACAAACUGCAACAGCAAGAUACCUGGGAGGUCCCGUUUGAGGAGAUCUCGGAGCUGCAGUGGCUGGGCAGCGGUGCGCAGGGAGCUGUCUUCCUGGGCAAAUUCCGGGCAGAGGAGGUGGCCAUCAAGAAAGUGAGAGAUCAGAAUGAAACGGAUAUCAAGCACUUGAGGAAACUCAAGCAUCCUAACAUCAUUGCGUUCAAGGGAGUUUGCACUCAAGCCCCGUGCUACUGUAUUAUCAUGGAGUACUGUGCACAUGGACAGCUCUACGAAGUCCUGCGAGCAGGACGGAAAGUCACCCCUCGGCUGCUUGUGGAUUGGUCCACGGGGAUUGCAAGUGGGAUGAAUUAUCUGCACCUUCACAAAAUCAUCCAUCGAGACCUCAAGUCACCAAACGUUUUAGUUACACACACAGAUGCAGUAAAAAUUUCAGAUUUUGGUACAUCUAAAGAACUCAGUGAUAAAAGUACCAAAAUGUCUUUUGCGGGAACUGUGGCUUGGAUGGCCCCAGAGGUGAUACGCAAUGAGCCUGUCUCUGAAAAGGUGGAUAUCUGGUCGUUUGGGGUAGUUUUGUGGGAACUGCUUACUGGAGAGAUUCCCUACAAGGACGUGGACUCUUCAGCCAUCAUUUGGGGAGUGGGCAGUAACAGCCUGCACCUUCCUGUCCCUUCCACCUGCCCAGAUGGCUUCAAAAUUCUCAUGAAGCAGACCUGGCAGAGCAAGCCCCGGAAUCGUCCCUCCUUCCGGCAGACACUGAUGCACCUGGAUAUCGCAUCUGCUGACGUGCUGGCUACUCCUCAGGAAACCUAUUUCAAAUCCCAGGCUGAAUGGAGAGAAGAAGUGAAGAAACAUUUUGAGAAAAUUAAAAGUGAAGGAACUUGUAUCCACCGGCUAGAUGAAGAAUUGAUUCGUCGUCGAAGAGAAGAGUUGAGACAUGCAUUGGAUAUCCGUGAACACUAUGAGAGGAAGCUGGAGCGAGCCAAUAACUUAUACAUGGAGCUCAGUGCUAUUAUGCUGCAGCUGGAGGUCCGUGAGAAGGAGCUCAUAAAGAGGGAACAAGCAGUGGAAAAGAAAUACCCUGGGACUUACAAACGCCACCCAGUCAGACCAAUAAUCCACCCCAAUACAGUGGAGAAGCUGAUGAAGAGGAAAGGGGUCUCCCAUAAACCAGGCAGCCAGACUAAACGGCCAGAUCUACUGAAGUCAGAGGGCAUACCCAGCGCAGAAGCAGCAUCCAAUGGCUCACCAGUCUCAGGAAGUCCCAAAAUGUCGACCCUGAGCGGCAAAAGCCGCUACCGCAGUAAGCCACGUCACCGCCGAGGGAACAGCAAAGGCAGCUACAAUGAUUUUGCAGGGAUCUUGAAAAACCAGCCAGUGCAAGAUGAUGCACCCCCACCUCCACCUCCUAAUAAUCCUCAUCACCCCGGCCUACCGCACCAACCUGGCCACAGCCAUCCCCAUGGCCAUCACUCACGGCUUCACGCCCACGGACAAGAUAUUGCCAACUGCGCAAACAACUUGAGGUACUUUGGCCCUGCAGCAGCGCUGCGGAGCCCGCUCAGUAACCACGCGCAGAGGCGGAUGUCUGGUUCCAGCCCCGACCUCAUCUCUGCUGCCAUGGAAGCAGAUUGCCGGAGGAAUCUGGAGAGCAAAGAAAGCAAAGCUGAUCAUUGGGAGUGUUGCAAAACAGAUCCGUACAAUUCCUGUCUUCAGUGCAGGGAGGAGGACAGUGGUCAGGUCCAGAUGUCAUCUGCUGAAACAGGGAUGAUCCAUUCUCAAUCACCAACGUCUGUUUCCCUAUACGAAAAUGCACAAUUCAUCGAGAAGGUGGAGGAAGAGGGCUUCAGCAACUGUAAGUCAGCGUCCACCCUAGGCACUCCCCAGCACGUGGCUUCCUCAGUGCUACCUUGCAAAGCAAGACCCCUUCAAAAGAGCGGUGAUGACUCUUCAGAAGAGGAAGAGGGCGAAGUAGACAGUGAAGUGGAGUUUCCUCGUAGGCAAAGACCUCACCGCUGCAUUAGUAGCUGCCAGUCCUACUCAACCUUCAGCUCGGAAAACUUCUCCGUGUCAGAUGGAGAGGAGGGGAAUACAAGCGACCAUUCGAACAGCCCGGAUGAGCUGGCCACGAAGCUGGAAGAUGAACUGGCUGAGAAGCUGGAGGACAUGUUGUCCCAGACUCCAGAGAUCCCCAUUGAAAUCUCCACCCAGUCUGAUGGGCUUUCAGACAAAGAGUGCGCUGUGCGGAGAGUCAAGACUCAGAUGUCUCUGGGCAAACUUUGUGCAGAUGAACACAGCUGUGAGAACCCAGCACAGUUUGGAGAAUCAGACUGUGACUCUUCUGAAGGGGAGUGUUCUGAUGCCACAGUCAGGACCAAUAAGCCCUGCAGCUCUGCUACUUGGUAAUACAGAUCUCCCCCAAAGCUUCCUGAUACUGGCAUUUUGAUUUCCCUGAGAUUCCACUUCAUUCCCCUUCAUCACACUUUACAGGAAGAGAAGAUGUUUCUCCUUCCCACCCCAGGAGUGAUUUGCAAUAACCCGAAUCUCUGGAAAAUGUCCAAAUGAAAUUAAUUCUCUUUGAGCAUUUCAAUCAAGAAUGGCAGGGAUGUAUUUUAUUGAAUAAUCUAGUUACUGUAACAUGGAUAUUUAUUUUUUUGACAUUUUAACACUUUUUACUGUAAAGAGUGGAUUGUAUUUAUAGACACACAGACUUGUUGCAAAAAAAAAAAUAAUUCAGAAAGCAAGCACAUUACAGAGAAACAUCCUGGGAGUCCUGCCUGGACAGCUUUGUGUACGAAUGCGGGGGGAUUCUCUUGCUGCUUUCACAGGGGACCAGGCCUUGUGGCCCUGAAGAUUGGAGAACAGAUCAAGAAAACUAAACCACUCAGUCUUAUCAAAUGAGCAAGCAUAAAAAGACCUUACUAUAGGGUAACCUGUGAACAAAGCGUAUUCAGUAUAACCAGCUGGGUCACUUUUAAUCAGAAGGUGGACAUGUUCCUGGAGAAAAUUGGUACCAAGGUGCUAACAUCCAGGGUCUUCUGAGUCGAUACGUCCCCAGGAAUGUACUAGUGGGUUUUAUUUUAAGGAUUUUUAGUUUCUUUUUUUUUUUUUUUUUUUAAUCAGCAUAUUGUUGUGAGAUCCUGCAAAUGUAUUCUAACCUCGUCCUCUCGAGAAUUGGUAUAAGAGCACUUCUUAACAUCAUCCUUGCUUCACUCUGGCAGUGUCAAUCUCCAGUUGAGCAGGGAAACCUCUUUCAGAUGCAGUGUGCCAUUUCCCAGUUUACUUCCUCCUCUUACCUCCUGUCCGUUUCAGUCAGUCAAAGAAAUCAAUCAAAUCAGUGUUGGAAAAGCAAGAACUCGCAAACGGUGGAAAGCACAUUCUGCAGAGCCUGAGCACUCUUCUGGGGAGGAAACUGGAGAUGCCUGUACUGGACUCGGAGAAGCAGUCUCUCACCUACAACAGCAUUGAUAACCAGCAGAGAGCUGUGUGCUGAGGGGGAAGACUGGGAAUCACUGGCCUAGAGAAGAGCUUCAGCCCUGCUCUGUCUCUGUAUUCACUGUACAUUCUUGAAAGCAUUAACAGCUGCCUGCCCUUCAUGUCAGGCUUUGUGCAAAACAGGUUGCCCGGGGAAUCUGGAUGGUGGCUGUGGCACAGCUGUGUCUCGGGUGUACCCCGAGGCCCCUGUUUCUCCUUCAAGCUGAAACUCUGCAGGUGAAAGUGAGGACAGUACUGGUAUGUGACAGGCCAAGGCAUUGGCAGAUGAGAAAAAUUUGUUUUCUGAUAGAACUCAUAGUGCCUUCCCUUCAAACACUACUCUUCUAAAUCAAUGUUUAAAGAGAACAAAAUGAUAGAGCACGUUUCCCCCCACACACACACACCUCCCCACCACCACCUUAGUUGAUGUCCCCCUGCAAGAGCUUUCACUCUGCCCUUGCUGGCGUGCUGGUUGGCGCGGCUGUGCCACGUGCGCGUGGCGCUGCUGGGUGCUGCUCUGCAGACUGGCACACCAGCCUGGGGUGAACGGCAGGAAUGGACCAUGGACAGGUACUUCUGUUGCGUUGUUUGUUUACAUUUUAUGUUAAAAUAUCGGUUUGAAUUUAACUGUGGUAAUUUAUAGCCUCAUGGCAAAAUGAAGGAAAAUGUCUUACUUAUACAGAGAGCAGUAUUGUAUGAGUUAAAUUAUCCCAUAUUUUUAAAUUUUUGUAGCUGGACUACACACAGA